UGGCCAAGAGAGGAUGUCUUGACGCGCGUCCGCUCACCCAUACACUGCGAAGCAUAGCGAAGAGAGGCCCAGAGAGCUAGAUCAGUUCCUUCCAGAGCCAAAGGACUCAGAAGGCUAAGAGGACGCACGCACAUCCACCUACAUCUAUGCCCCAGGAGGAAAGCUCAGAACCAGAACGCUUCGCUGGAUCUGCGAUUGCCGAAUUAGAUACGCUGCCAAUCCUGGUGACGCAGCCAGGCGAUCAGCUCCCGAUUUCAUGGCACUAAUGAUGUCGCGUCGCCCCCAACAACAACUGGAACAACAACUGGAACUGCAGCUUCCACUAGCGUCAUCGAAUCCGUUCCAUGCGGAAACCCGCGUUUCACCUCUACCUUUGUGCGUUUGCGCGUGUGUGUGUGCCUGUGUCUAAUUUGCGUAUCCGCGUCACUUGCUAGAAAAAUAAAAAAUAAUAAUAAUAAUAAAAAAAAUCAAAUCAAAGAAUAUACCCCAAUCGAAUUCGAAAUCGAGCUACCCCUUAUCGCGUUUACAAAUUGCAAUCAAGCAAAUCACAGCGAACCAUCCAAAUUGCAAUUAAUGCCAAAGCGCCUGCAUCUGGCCCAUAAAAGAAGUACGUGAACUGUAGAGUCAGUGAUUAGAACUUUGAAUCGCCAUCGAGAUGGACUUCCAGAGCGCCAUGGAGACCUUUGCCGAGGCCUGGGUGGCGGCCAAUGCCGGUCAGCAGAGUCAGGCCUUGGCCUUAACCAGAGCUGCCAACGCGGCCGCCGUUGUGGCCGCGGCCAAUGCCAAAUCCCCGAACGCUUCCUCCGCCUCAGCCAGCCUGGCGGAUCUGGCCGUCAAGAAGGAGCACUCACUGUCGCCGCCCCACAAUGUGGGGGGUGUGGGCGUGGCUGGUGAGGAUCAGCUCAGGCGAUCCUCGUUGCAGGGUGUGCAGGAGAAGCUCACCCAGUUGCAGAUGCAGCAGCAGCAUCACCAGCAGCAACAGCAGCAGCAGCAGCAGCAGCAACAUCAUCAUCAUCAGCAGCAUCAGCAGCAGCAGGCGCAGCAGGCGGCGGGCGGAGUGGGUGGUGGCGAGGUGGCCGGACGCAGGUCCUCCGAGGGCACACCACCCACCGCCCAUCCCCCACCGAAUUCCGAGGCGCUGGCGCUCUCCUCCUCCACAGCCUCAUCUAGUCAGAAUGCCACCCCCAAGAGCGAUCGGGAGCGGGAAAGGGAGCGGGAGCGGGAGCGGGAUCGGGAGGAGCGCGUGGAGCGGGGCAGCAUAUCCUGCCUGCCGCCAGCCGCCCUUGGAAUGCCCCAGCAGGCCGAGAAGCUCCUCAGCCAUCCGGCCUUGGACUCGCGACGGGACUUCGACGUCAGCAAAGUGAAUCCCAAAUCACUUCCACUUCACUGUGUGGUGGAGUCGGUGCACUCGCUGCACGCCUCCCUGACCAUCGACACUCGCCAGCCCUGGAAGCGGCGGCCCAACAUCGAGACGGACAGCUACGUGAUCAUCGCCGCGGCCACGCCCUGGAGCGAGAUUGUCCAGACGGCCCUGCAGAGGCUGGGCUACUCCCAGGAGGCGGCCAACACGGCCCGAGGCUCUCUAAUCAUCAAACACUGGAAGCCCAUUCCCCUGGAGCAGAUAUCGGACAACCCAGCGGUGCCGGUCAGCGAUAUUGUGGGUGAACUAACCUCGGUGAUCACGCUGAGGAUCGUGAUCCUGCGGCCCAAGACGUCGGCCUUCGGGGAGAUCAAGGACAAGCUGCUCAAGCUGCUGGUCCUGCAGUCGCAUGCGGUGCUCCGCUCCACAGGAUGCCCGCUGGAUGAGGUUACGCUAUCCCAGAUCUGUCGGAGUUCCCAUCAGAAUACCUAUGCCCUGCCAGGAGGAGAGAUUUCCGACGAUCUGCGCCGCAAGUUCGACCAGUGGUGGUCCAACCAGCUCUCCCCCCAAGCGGCGGCCAUGGCGCCCAAGAUGCUGCCCUUUAUGACAGGUCCUUCGGCUGUUCCUGUUCCGGUGGCAGUUCCCGGGGAGAUGGACUUCCCAGUGGGCACGGCCAUGGCGGCGGCCGCGGCUGCAGCAGCUCAUGCAGCCGCUGCCGGAGGAGCGGCAGGCGGCAAUCCCCUGGGAUCGAUGGGCAGUCGAGAGAGCCUGUUGCUGGCCAACGAGGCGGCUCAUCAUCCUGGCGCUGGACAGCCUCCGGUGCCAGGACAUCACGGCAACAUGCUGGUGCAUCCCAUGCACGCCUCCAUGCACCACCAUCACCAUCAUGGCGGCGGCGGUGGCGGUCAUGGUCCACCGUAUCCCAACCAGAAGACUCGCAUGCGCACCAGCUUUGAUCCCGAGAUGGAGCUGCCCAAGUUGCAGAAGUGGUUCGCCGACAAUCCGCAUCCCUCGCGCCAGCAGAUCCAGACGUAUGUGGUGCAGUUGAAUGCCCUGGAAUCGCGACGGGGUCGCAAGCCGCUGGAUGUGAACAACGUGGUCUACUGGUUCAAGAACGCUCGGGCGGCACAGAAGCGGGCGGAGAUGAGGGGCGGGAGUUUGGGCAGUGCAAUGAGUGCCCUGGGCCAUGCCGCCAUGAAUGGCUAUCUGAGUCAGCAUGCCCCUUUGGGGCAGAAUUCGAGUAGCAGUGCUGGGAGCCAACCCAUGAGCAUGGGCAACCUGUCCAUGUCGCAUGAUUAUCUAAAGAGCCCGCUGAGCCUGAAGUCGGAGGACAUUGACACCAUGUCGCAGCACUCGGACGACAUGGACGAGGAGCAGAGCAGGCCAAACACCCCCCAGCUGCCCCUUUCGUUGACCACCCACGAGCGGCAUCGCAGCUCGCCGCUGAUGGACGAGGAUGAGGAGGAGGCGGCGGAGCAGCAGCAGCAGCAGCAGGAGGCCAAAAGCGAUGGCAUGAACGGCAGCCUGAACGAGGAGGAGCGGCACGACAAGUCGCGGGAGGAGCUGCAGGACCAGGAGAAGGAGAACUCCGGCGCGGAGGAGCGUCACCAGGACAACGAUGCUCAGAUGGAGGCCAGCUCCAACCACAACAAUAACAAUCACAACAACAGCAGCUCGCACAACGACCAGGAGGUGGGCUCACCACCGAAGCGCUCCACGCCCAAGGAGGAGGAUGAUGACUUGGACAUGGACGAGGAUGAGGAGGACAAUGAGAACGAUGCCAGCCACCUGGAUGAGUUCCGGUCGCCAUCUCCGGACUUGGCCGGUGGCGUUGUGCCGCACAAGGACCAGCUGCCCUUUCCCAUGGUCCCCAACUCGAUGUUCUCGCAGUCCUUCAUGUACAUGAGCCACUACAUCCCAGCAUUUGGCCAGGCGGCCGCCGGACAUCCGCAUCAUCAUGCCGCGGCUGCAGCAGCCGCAGCCGGAAUCCAGCCAAACGCCCUGAUGGGCGGCGGCGGACUCAACCUGUCGAGCAUCUCCAACGAGGAGCGCCGCAAGCGGAACCGCACCUUCAUCGAUCCGGUGACCGAGGUGCCCAAGCUGGAGCAGUGGUUCGCCAUGAACACGCAUCCCUCGCACAACCUCAUCCUCAAGUACACCGAGGACCUGAACACCAUGCCAUAUAGGCAAAAGUUCCCGCGCUUGGAGAGCAAAAAUGUUCAGUUCUGGUUCAAGAAUCGGCGGGCCAAGUGCAAACGCCUCAAGAUGUCGCUAUACGACAGCAAUCAGUGCGCCCAGCUGGGAGGACUCGCCUCAUUUGUGCCCAAGUACGAGGAGCGGGACUAGGGGGAUCCAAACUAAGGAACCCCGCCCGGAGUUUGAAAUCAAAAUUAGCAGCAUUUCUUCGUGUAAAUAGUUGAACGAGAGACACACACACACACCCCCCAAUUUAAACAGUUGAAAUCAGCUGCAGCUAUGACAAAUACUAUACCAUAUACGAUAGCUCAUAAAUAUGUAAUCCCCUAGAAUAGUCAACUCUAAGUAUUAUAGAACGAGAACUAACCCAGUUACGCGUUACCAGUUGCCCAAGAGCAUCUAGCGAAAAUUAGAGCAAAUAGAUAAAGCCACUUUAUGAGUAAUACGAUCCUGCAUGAACCAGUAUGACUAAUUUAUAGCUGGGCCGAGCCCCAGAGAACUUCAACCCUAUCCAGUAUACAACUCUCCGCAUCUAUUUCUACCUAGUUCUUAGCCAUCGAUAUAGAAGGAGGGCGGCACGAUUAGGGGCCAGCUCGUUAAGAAUAAGCAAACCAAAGAAAGCCAAUUUUCGAGAACCGUAGUCGUAGAAGCGAACUGCGAUCUGUAUAUAAUGUAUGUUAUCCUAGGUACGCAUUCUUUGAGCAUUGUGAAUUUUGUUUCGGCCUUAGUUGCAUUUGUAUCUGCAGAUUAAGUUAACGUUUAAGUUCGAGUUACCAGUACCAGUACCAGUACGUUUAGUUACCCCCUGCCUUAUUUGAGAAGCCCCCCUUACCACGCCUAGCACAUAUCCCUUUCGAUCCAUGCACACGGAUAUCGCAUAUAGAAUGUAUAACAUACAAUUCGUUGCUUUCGAAGUCUUGGUAUCUAAUACCAACCCCCAAAAUCUAGCCACCCAAUCAGCUUCGGUUUGGAUGGCACCAUUCGUUGCUAUCCACUUCACUUUGAACACGUAACUAAAUCUACACACCGAAAUAAAAUGUUUUAUAAAUUGUUCCACUAGUUUCGUAAGCCUUCAGAUAGAUAAUAAACUUAAUUCAAAUAAUAUUGUAAUUUAUUGCAAGCAUCAAUACGCCGACACACACAAGUAACACAAACAGACAUACAGCGAAAAACAUCCACACAUCUUUAUAUAUAAUAUAAAUAGAAAUAUAUUCCCCAG